UCAUCGGGACCUGACCUUUCCCUCAGCUCUAUUAUUAUUCUUUUCUACAUUAGCAGCUUUGCACUGCUUUCCUUUCUGUCUCUCUCUCUCCAUUUCCUAUUUCUAAACUUCUUUGAAUCAAACUACUGCCUUCUUCCUAUCAAUACCAAAACAGAAAACAUGGUUGAUUUAUUUGUUGAUCCGUUGGUCUGGCUUGUAAUAGAGAAAUUGGGCAAAAUUCUGCAAGAUGAGGCGGUUUUAUUGGUGGGUGUCACCGACGAUAUCAAAAAGCUUUACCGUACCUUCAGCUUGAUCCAAGCUGUUCUUAAAGAUGCUGAAACUCGGCGAGUGAAGGACGAAGCAGUGAAGAUCUGGUUGCAGAAUCUCAAAGAUGUGGCCUAUGAUGUGGAUGACAUAUUAGAUGAAUGGAUGACAGAAGCUCUCAUAUCACAAGCAACCGAUGAAGGUGAUGAGUCCUGUUUCAGCAAGAUGAAAGUAAGAAACUUCCUCUCGCCUAGUACUUGCUUCAAACAUGUCACGUUACGCCACAAAAUUGGGAGUAGGAUAAAGGAAGUGAGGGGUAGAUUACAUGAUAUCGCUGAAGAGAAGAAUCAAUUGGGUCUUAGAGCAGAUAGUGGGGAGGGUGAGAGAGUGGUUAGUGAAUUGAUGAGGCGGGGUGAGAACAGAGAGCGAGAGACAAGCUCCUUAGUCAACCCACCGUCAGUGAUAGGCAGAGAAGGUGAAAAAAAUGAAGUCAUAGGCUUACUGCUCCAGGAGGUAACUGAGGUGCCCUUUGUCAUUUCUAUCGUUGGAAUGGGGGGUUUGGGCAAGACCACCCUUGCUCAGCUCAUCUACAAUGAUGAGAAAGUGGAGGGGCAUUUUGAUAUGAAAAUGUGGGUGUGUGUUUCUGAAGAUUUUAAUGUGAAACAGAUUACGAAAUCAAUCAUAAAAUCUGCAAAUGGGUCUAAUUGUGAUCAUCUAGACCUGGACCCUUUGCAACAUCUCCUCCGUGGUAUGUUGCAAGCAAAGCGAUUCUUGCUGGUGCUUGAUGACGUUUGGAGCAAAGACAGCGAGAAAUGGGAGAAGCUGAGACUUCCCUUCCAAGCUGGUGCACCCGGGAGUCGAAUCAUUGUAACCACUCGUUUGGAAGAUGUUGCAGGCAUCAUGGGAAGCAUUGAUCACAUGCACAAACUGGCAGUCUUAUCCGAUGAGGAUUGCUGGUUAUUGUUCAGAAGUAAAGCGCUGGAGCAUCGGAGUGCAGAAGAGUGUUCUGAGCUCGAAGAGAUUGGAAGGCAAAUCGUAAAGAAAUGUGGUGGGGUGCCUCUCGCUGCAAAGACAAUAGGGAGUGUCAUGCAGUCGAGAAGGACUAGAAGCCAGUGGGAGCUUGUCUUGCGAAGUGAGACGUGGAACGCAGGUGAUGUCUUUGAAGGCAUUUUACCAGCUUUGUUACUAAGCUACUAUGAUUUGCCUCCUGCUCUGAAGCAGUGUUUUGCAUAUUGCUCCGUCUUUCUGAAAGAUCGGGUGAUAGGGAAGGAUAUGAUAGUCAAGUUAUGGGUGGCACAAGGUUUCAUCGGCUCCAUUAAUGGAAGUGAAGACAUGGAGGAAAUUGGCGAACUGUAUUUUGAUGAUUUGCUAAGGCGGUCACUGCUCCAAGAUGCAAAAAUCAAUAGUGAUGGCAGUAUAGAAUAUUGCAAGAUGCAUGAUUUAGUUCAUGAUCUUGCGCAAUAUGUUGCAGGAAGUGACUGUUCUAUGGUGGAGAUUAGAAAGAAAGCCUCGUUAAACAUAAAUAAUGACCGGCAUUCUUUUUUAGUUAGCAAUAAUGAAACUGAUACGUUGGCUUCCAUUUUGGUGACCCUGCAUAAAGUCCACAAGUUGCGGACGUUGCUACUACAUGACUCAAGAAUCUCCGUGGUGCCAGACAAGUUAUUUCAUCAUUUGAGACGCCUAAGAGCAUUGGACUUCAGUAGGACUGACAUCAAGAAAUUGCCUAAGACAGUAGGACAGUUGAAACACUUGAGAUAUCUUGAUUUAUCUCACACAGACAUAGAGGAGUUGCCAGAGGAAUUAAGUAAUUGCAGAAAUUUACAGACCUUGAGACUCAAUGGCUGUCAGAAGCUAAGAAAACUGCCUAGUGGGAUGAGGAAAAUGAUUAGCCUGAGGCAUCUAGAAUUUGAAGACUCUAAUGGUUUGAGCUACUUACCAGAGGGUAUAGGGAGACUAACAGAGCUUCGGACGCUAACAAAGUUUAUUGUGGGGGGUGACAACCAAGGAUGUAAAUGUGGUGAACUGAAACACCUCAAUCAUCUUCAAGGAAGUCUUCGAAUUACUGGCUUGCAAAAUGUCAAAAGCAGGGACGAAGCUAGCGAUGCAGAACUGCAUGAGAAGCAGCACCUUCAUGCUCUAUUCUUGGAAUACGAUGACGAAGAUGGUGAACCAUUGGAUGAUGAAGUGAAGAGGAUGGACGAUGUGCUCAAAAGCCUUCUGCCUCACACAAACUUGAAAGAGUUGGAAAUAUGGUAUUACAAAGGUUCCAUGCUUCCUAAGUGGAUAGGGAAUCCAAUGUUAGUUAAGGUGAAACUCUGGCAUUGUACACAUUUGAAGUCUCUGCCAGAGUUGGGACUACUCAAAGCUCUCCAAACUCUGAAUAUCGAGAAAUGUCCACGGUUGAAGUCUCUACCAAAGGAGUUGGGACAACUCAAAGCUCUUCAAACUCUGAAGAUAGGGAGCUGUCCACGGUUGAAGUCUCUACCAAAGGAGUUGGGACAACUCAAAGCCCUCCAAACUCUGCACAUCUCCCAUUGUUCACAGUUGGAGUCUCUACCAGAGGAGUUGGGACAACUCAAAGCCCUCCAAACUCUGUCAAUCUAUGAUUGUCCACAGUUGAAGUCUCUGCCAGAGGAGUUGGGACAACUCAAAGCCCUCCAAUCUCUGUCAAUCAAUGAUUGUCGACUUCAGUCUCUGCCAGAGGAGUUGGGACAACUUAAAGCCCUCCAAACUCUGUGGAUCGCCAAUUGUCUACAGUUGAAGUCUCUACCAGAGGAGUUGGGACAACUCAAUGCCCUCCAAACUCUGCAGAUCUCCAAUUGUCCACAGUUGAAGUCUCUACCAGAGGAGUUGGGACAACUCAAAGCCCUCCAAACUCUGUUUAUCCAUAAUUGUCCAGAGUUGAGGUCUCUACCGGAUCAGUUGCAACUCCUCACAAUGCCUUAUCUGUCCGCUCUUAGCAGAGCGUCGGCGAUAUGGAGGAGAAGAUCGUCACAAGAUUGGGCAACUGGUGGUGGGGGUGUCUGUACAGGAGACAAAGGGGAAUUUUGCUUCGGGUUUUAUACAGGUUAUGGUUGUGCUUCGAACACGAGAGCGGAGCUCCAUGUAGUCCUUGAUGGCUUGCUGCAUUGCAUUCAAUAUGGCGUCUCCAACAUUAUUGUUGAAUCUGACUCUGAUUUGGUGGUGUGUUUCCUCUCGGAGCUGUCUUGCCCAGGAUGGAAAUGGAAUUAUUGGGCAUUUCAGCAACUCACAAAAAUCAACACUGUCAUGUACUAUAGUCCCACGAUUGUGCAGAUGAUGUGGCCUGGCCUUAUUCAGAAGGCCAAAGAUGGGGUCCACCUGGUGAACAGCCUAGAUCCCGCUUGUAGGUUGGAAAAGGGGAGCUACCUGUUGCUGAAGCCUACGUUGAAUUGCAGUGGGUGCUCUUGCCAGUAUCCAUAUGGUCAUGAGGAACUUGCUGUUUGUGAGGACAUUGAUCAGGUGCUUGACAAACAUGGAGUGACUCUUUCAUGCAAAUGUUCUGCAACAGAAGAUGGUGGAAAACUUGAGCUUCGUAAGGCACAACAGCACUUUGAUGAGUUUGAUACUAACUACGAAGAAGUGGAGGUUGUUGAUGAGUUUGACAGCAACUUUUAUGAAGAUGAGAUACAUUUGGGGAGCUUCAAAGGAUUCAAUCUACAUGAAAACACUUUUGGGGUUGGAACUGGUGCUCCUGCCUACAUACAGGAGGGUCCCAACAAAAAGGGCGGACCACUCCCAUCAUAUAGCUCUAUCUGCACAAGAACCAACAAAAAAAAAGAAAAGAAAAGAGAACGAACACGCUCCCAUCUCCCACAAGCAGGAGCAGCAAAAAGCUCCUCUUACUCGCUUCUAAUGGCCCCAAUGCCGGCAUUAUCCAAAGCAAGAGUACCCCGCACUUUCUUCGGAAGAUCGGGGCGAGAGCCAAACAUUCUAUUAGGGCAUCCAUCGCUGGCAAUUCAUUGCCAAGGCGUCUGCUACCGAGUUGCCUUCACUCAGAACGUGGCAGAAGGAGAGGUUGAUGGUCCAACGAAGAUGUUGGAUCACUCCCAGCUUGUACCAGAUGUUCCAGCAGAGGUUUUGGAGCUGGCUGGGAAUGCUGCUAGAGACAAUAAGAAAUCCUGCAUCAUUCCAAGGCAUGUUCUUUUGGUUGUGAGAAAUGAUGAGGAGCUUGGGAAAUUGCUAGCUGGAUCUUGCUGGGCAGUCCCGCUCCUAUACGGUGCAAGAUUCUAUCCGGAUGUUGAUAUUCCAAGCUUGAGGUUGACAGUCGAGGUCAAGGAGAUCCUCGUCGGGCAGACCGCGUCUCAAUGCCGCGUGGGUCCCGUCGGGCUUAGCUUUCAUUGCUUUUACACGCUCUCUCUCUGUAUUCUUUGCUUACUCUCUCCUCUCUCUUCCCCGAUUCAUGAAAGUCCUUACCCUUGCAUAUUUCUAAGCCUUACAGAGCUCUCUCACACAUCAAACUCCUCCCUUCUUAACAUCCAUACAUACCUAAAGCAUAAAGAAAGGAAAAAAAAAAAAAGCAUGGCUUAUCCGCUGGUCUCGAACGUAGCAGAGAAGUUGAAUAACCUCAUCCAAGAUGAGGUAACUUUGUUGGUGGAUGUCCCCGACGAGAUCAAAAAGCUUUCCCGUACGUUCACCUUAAUCCAAGCUGUGCUUAAAGAUGCUGAAACUCGGCAAUCGAAGGACGAAGCUGUGAAGAUCUGGUUGCAGAAUGUCAAAGAUGUGGCCUAUGAUGUAGAUGACAUACUAGAUGAAUGGAUGAUAGAAGCUCUCAAAUCACAAGCACCCUUUGAAGGUAUUGGGUCAUCUUUCAGCAAGAAGAAGGUAAGAAGCUUCCUCUCUUCUGUUACUAACUUCAAUCAUCUCAAGUUACGGCACAAAAUUGGGAGUAGGAUAAAGGAAGUGAGGGGUAGAUUACAUGAUAUCGCUGAAGAGAAGAAUCAAUUGGGUCUUAGAGCAGAUAGUGGGAAGGGUGAGAGAGUGGAUUGUGAAUUGAGGCGGGGUGAGAACAGAGAGCGAGAGACAAGCUCCCUAGUCAACCCACCGUCAGUGAUAGGCAGAGAAGAUGAAAAAAAUAAAGUCCUAAGCUUGCUGCUGCAGGAGGUAACUGAGGUGCCCUUUGUUAUUUCUAUCGUUGGAAUGGGGGGUUUGGGCAAGACCACUCUUGCUCAGCUCAUCUACAACGAUGAGAAAGUGAAGGGGCAUUUUGACAUGAAAAUGUGGGUUUGUGUUUCUGAAGAUUUUAAUGUGAAACAAAUUACGAAAUCAAUCAUAAAAUCUGCAGAUGGGUCUAAUUGUGAUCAUCUAGACCUGGACCCUUUGCAACAUCUCCUCAGUGGUAUGUUGCAAGCAAAGCGAUUCUUGCUGGUGCUUGAUGACGUUUGGAACAAAGACAGCGAGAAAUGGGAGAAGCUGAGACUUCCCUUCCAAGCUGGUGCACCCGGGAGUCGAAUCAUUGUAACCACUCGUAUUGAAGAUGUUGCAGGCAUCAUGGGAAGCACUGAUCACAUGCACAAACUGGCACUUUUAUCCGACAACGAUUGCUGGUUAUUGUUCAGAAGUAAAGCGCUGGAGCAUCGGAGUGCAAAAGAGUGUUCUAAGCUUGAAGAGAUUGGAAGGCAAAUCAUAAAGAAAUGCGGAGGGGUGCCCCUUGCUGCAAAGACAAUAGGGAGUGUCAUGCACUCGAGAAGGACUAGAAGCCAGUGGGAGCUUGUCUUGCGAAGCGAGAUGUGGAACUCAGGUGAUGUCUUCGAAGGCAUUUUACCAGCUUUGUUACUAAGCUACUAUGAUUUGCCUCCAGCUUUGAAGCAGUGCUUUGCAUAUUUCUCUAUCUUUCCUAAAGAUUGGAGGAUAUGGAAGGAUAUGAUAGUCAAGUUAUGGGUGGCACAAGGUUUCGUCUGCUCCAUUAUUAAUGGAAGUGGAGACAUGGAGGAAAUUGGCGAAUUGUAUUUUGAUGAUUUGCUAAGGCGCUCGCUGCUCCAAGAUGCAAAAAUCAAUAGUGAUGGCAGCAUAGAAUAUUGCAAGAUGCAUGAUUUAGUUCAUGAUCUAGCACAAUAUGUUGCAGGAAGUGAUUGUUCAGUGGUGGAGAUUAGCAAGGAAGCCUUGUUAAACCUAAAUAAUGUCCGGCAUUCUUUUAUAGUUGGCAAUGACGAAGCUGGUGAUGAAGCUCAUAAAUUGGCUUCCAUUUCAGCCACCUUGCAUGAGGCCCAAAAGUUGCGGACGUUGCUACUACAACACUCAAGAAUCUCCAAGGUGCCAGGUAAGUUAUUUCAUCAUUUGAGACGCCUUAGAGCAUUGGACUUGAGUCGCACUGACAUCAAGAAAUUGCCUGAGACAGUAGGACAGUUGAAACACUUGAGAUAUCUUGAUUUAUCUCACACAGGCAUAGAGGAGUUGCCAGAGGAAUUGAGUAAUUGCAUCAAUUUACAGACCUUGAUACUCAAUUAUUGUCAUAAGCUAAGCAAACUGCCUAGAGGGAUGAGGAAAAUGAUUAGCCUGAGACAUCUAGAAUUUAAAGGUUCAGAUUAUCCGAGGUACUUACCAGAGGGUAUAGGGAGACUAACUGACCUUCGCACAUUAACAAAAUUCAUUGUGGGGGUUGACAACCAAGGAUGUAAAUGUGAAGAACUGAAACACCUCAAUCAUCUUCAAGGAAGUCUUCCAAUUGCCGGCUUGCAAAAUGUCAGGAGCAGGGACGAAGCGAUCAAGGCAGAACUGCAUAAGAAGCAGUACCUUCAUGCUCUUAUCUUUUUGUACUCCUACAUAGAUGAUGAGCCGUUGGAUGAUAAGGUAAAGAGGAUGGAGGAUGUUCUCGAAAGCCUCCAGCCUCACACAAACUUGAAAGAGUUGAACAUACAGUAUUACAAAGGUUCCAAGCUUCCCAAGUGGAUGGGGGAUCCGAUUUUCUCCAAUCUAGUCAAGAUUGAACUCCGGGAUUGUCUCAAGUGUAAACAACUUCCAGGUCUUGGGAAACUACCGUCCCUUAAAUUCCUUUUUAUUAAGGGAAUGGUAGAGGUGAAAAAAGUGGGUGGUGAGUUUAGUGGGGAUGAUCAAAAUGAUGGAAGUGGUGGUGGUGUCUCAUUCCCCAAGCUGGAGACCCUCUGUUUCAAUAAAAUGCCAAAUUGGGAGGAGUGGGAAUUGAGAGGUGGAAAUGGAGAGGUUAUGCCAUCACUCCUUGAAUUAAGGAUAUAUGACUGCCGAAAGCUGAAGGCGUUGCACUGCAACCUUCUACCUCUCCUCCGGAGGUUGAUUUUUAAAAGUAUUAAGAUGUUAUCAGGAGGGCCCUUACCUGUGCUCCCCAACCUUAACGAUUUGAGGAUUGAUGGAAUUCAUGAGCUGACGUCACUACCUGGUGAUUGGUUGGGACAACUAAGAGCCCUCCAAACUCUGGAGAUCUCCAAUUGGCCACGGUUGGAGUCUCUACCAGAGGAGUUGGGACAACUCAAAGCCCUCCAAACUCUGAAGAUCUAUGAUUGUCCACAGUUGAAGUCUCUACCAGAGGAGUUGGGACAACUCAAAGCCCUCCAAACUCUGCAGAUCUCCUAUUGUUCACAGUUGGAGUCUCUACCAGAGGAGUUGGGACAACUCAAAGCCCUCAAAAAUCUGCAGAUCAGUAAUUGUCCACAGUUGGAGUAUCUACCCAAGGAAUUGGGACAACUCAAAGCCCUCCAAAUUCUUCUGAUCUAUUAUUGUCCACUCUUAAAAGAGCGCUACCAAGAUGGAGGAGAAGAUCAUCACAAGAUUGCCCACAUCAACCAUAUCAGAAUUAUUUGAUUAGAAUGAUCCACUCCAAUACGAGGAGAGGAGGUGGAGAGGAAAUCAACAACAGCUUUUCAUUUGAGUUUGUUUCAAGGAAUUGUGUACUUUUUAUUUAUUUAUUUUCAUUUUCCUUUUUUUUUUUUAAUGGAUUUACUUUUAAUACAUGUCAAUUAAUCUAUAUGGCAGCCUUUUAACUUAUGCCAGGUGUUGUUGUUUGUUGUUUUGGAGGUCAGGUUCUUUGCCCCCCUCCAACUUAUGUAACUUUUCCUUUUAUUAAUAAAGCUUGCAGUGGUACUGUCCACCUUCACAC